GCCACAAAUCAUUCGAUUCCUAGAUUCUAGCCCGGCCGGACGCGCGCGCGCUCCUUCCACGCGAACGACGACGCGAGUAGAGUUUGUAAAAGCUACUCACGGCAAGUCACUCCAUGUAAUUAUUUCGAAUUAAAUCUGCUAAAUUGAGCGACAACAGAAUCGACGUUACGCUGUGCGAUCGAUUUGGUUGCGUGUGAUAAGAACUUUAUCUAAUCGACUGUGUGAAACGAAUUCGAUGUGGGACACAGCGAAAGAUCCCACGAACAGUUGAACUAAUUUCAGUACUAAUCAGCUGUUAACAAUCGCGAGCAAUAAUUUAUUAGUCCAUAUUAGUUUGCUGCUGAAUAACAAAGAGGUGUUUAGUGUGCGCGAAAGAGAGGAGUUCUAAGUCCCGAUACGAGGAAGCCUUAUACUAAGAAGACUGUUUGUAACUAAGGUGCUGUGUUGUAACGUUAUUAGUAUAUAACUUAACUGCGAGCGUUCGCAAACCACCUUCCUACUCGUCUCGGCUUGCCCGCUGGGAAUUUACAACGCCACCCAGUAGUAAGUUCAACGGUUCAGUCGUAACGCGCUCGUCAGAUACUGUGAACGAUAAGUUGAAUUUUCCUAAAGAUUCUCUGGUCGGUGGUGUCGUCGACGGUGAUUUUCCAUUGAAUCGAUUAGAAUCGAAUUAGUGUUCUAGAACACGCGGAAAAAUGCAACUGUGGCUACGAGCGUUAGGAGUGGUGCUCCGCAUAGCGAAUAUAGUGCUACUACCGCUGAUUAAAUUCAUCGGAGGGCCACGCCGGAAGACUCCGUUCCCGGAAAUUCGCAACGAAAUGCUGGAGAUUCCUGCCGUCGACCUGGCAGAGCGGAUCAGAAACAAGGAGCUCCGCUCGGAGGACGUGGUACGGGCUUACAUAGACCGGAUCCGGGAAGUGAACCCAUUGAUCAAUGCCGUCGUCGAGGAACGCUUUGCGGCGGCUAUCGAAGAAGCCAAGAAGGCAGACCAGAUGAUUGCAAACAUGCAAACGAUCUGGCUCAUAAAAACAUAUCCACUGCUUGGGGUACCAUUCACGGUGAAGGAAAGCUGUGGGCUGAAAGGUGCCCUGUUCACCGGGGGCUCACUGCCUCGCGCGGGAAUCAAGGCGACCUCCGACGGUGAAGCGGUGGCACUGCUGAGGGCAGCCGGAUGUAUCCCCUUGUUGGUAUCCAACACGCCGGAAUAUUGCCUCAGCUGGGAGUCGUACAACCACAUCACCGGUAGAACGCUGAACCCAUACGACAACCGACGAACGGCCGGUGGUUCUUCCGGCGGGGAAGGUGCACUGAUUGCGACCGGUGCAUCGCUGUUUGGCGUGGGAAGUGACGUAGCCGGAUCGAUUCGGGUGCCAGCGCUGUUCAAUGGUAUUUUCGGCCAUAAACCAACGGCGGAUGUCAUUUCGAUAGACGGUCACUUCCCAUCAUCGUCCGACGAUAAGUUUCGCAACUUCCUAACGGUGGGACCAAUGUGUCGCUACUCCAAAGAUCUUCCUACUCUAGUCCACAUCAUGGCCGGUUCGAAGGCUUACAAACUGCGCCUGGACGAAACGGUCUACACCAAAGACAUCAAGAUCAACUACAUGGAAGAUUUCGGCUUCAACGUGGCAUUCGUUCAGGUGGACGAAGAAAUUAAAAUCGCCAUGUACAGAGCGGUACAAUAUUUCAAGGAUCACGGUCUCCAGACGGAACGAGCCGAAUUUGAUAACAUGAACAACUGUAUGGAGAUGGCAAUGUGCACGCUGCAAUCGCUUGAAGACGUACCAAAUAUGUUCGACAGCCGGGACAAUCCCAAGGAGAAGCACAGUCUGUUGAUGGAGCUCGUUAAGUCGCUCAUCGGUCGGUCGCAGUUUACGUUGGCGGCAAUCGUGUUCUACAUACUGUACCAUACUAAGGAGCUGUUCAGCCCAGAGGAUCGACAGAGAUACCUUCGCAUGAAGGAUGAUCUCCGGAAACAGAUAAUUGACACCUUGGGCACAGAUGGAGUACUGUUUCUACCGACAUACCCGACUCCCGCUGUACGGCAUUACGAAUCGUUCGGACAUACUACCGGUGUUACCUACACGAUGUUGUUCAAUGCACUCGGGUUCCCUGGAACGCACGUCCCACUAGGAUUCAACAAGCAAGGCCUCCCUAUUGGUAUACAGGUAGUUGCUGCCCCCUAUCAGGACCGGCUAAGUCUCUGUAUUGCGCGCGAAUUGGAAGCUGCCUUCGGCGGAUGGAAGGCGCCGAAAUGAGCUUUCAAUCUUGUGGAGGUUUAAUGUUAUUUGUUGAACAUUUUUAGCGAUUAAAUGGGAAGUGGAUUUUGAUAUUUAUUCACAUGAGAAAAACAUCUAAGAUGUGUAAGUGAGAGUGUAAGACUAUGUGAUAACGUGAAUAGCAUUCAAUUUUUUUGGAAGCAAAAGAUUCUAGCAAUUUGAACAAAAAA